AUGAACUCAAAAGCUGUGCAGGGAGAGCGAGGUCCGCGAUCCGCACCAUCAGUUCUACUUCCAGGAUCUGCUUCAAAGAGGAACAAACUACAAGGAUCAAAGAAAGGACACGCUAAGGAGCACACAACUCCCACUGGCUUCUCCAUUGAUGAUCUAUUCGUGGCGGCCAUGUUCGCUGUGAGCCAAUCGGUGCUGCUCUCCUUCAGUAGUAGCGAAGAACGACGAGCGCUACUCACAGAGAAGUACCCGACGUUUUUCGCUUUGGCCAUUGCCAGCGCCGAUGCGAAAACCAGCGCUAUCGUGCAAUCGCAGUUUUCCAGUCAUCUCGAAUUGAACUCGGAAGAGUUUCGUCUUUCAAUCUGUGUUCUUCUUUGCAAAAUGGGCUCUUCGAUCUCGUCCCUUUCGUUCGCUCCGCCUCUGCUUCCAAUCUAUACGCAUUGGCUUCGUGUCCAUUGCACUUCAUUCUCACGACCUUCUCGAGCUACUGAGAUCCUCGAACUCAUCGACGACGUCUGGCUGAAUCACGACCUUCAUUUCGAUCACCUCCUCUCCACUGCUCCUUCCGUCCUCAUCGAUCAAGUCUUUUCUAUUUAG